GAGAAGAGGAUUCUUAAAACUGCUACUUUAAAUUCUUCAAAAUUCUUUCAUAAACUCACUUACUUGCCAGAAAUUCAAUCCCAUAUGAAAGCAUAGCCAAUUGGGAUUAUAAUUUUUUUUUGUUUUUAAUGUGGAAAAUGUCAAGGGAAAAUGGGUUUGUGUUGCUGCUAUUAUUGUUGUCUUCAUGGAUUGCUUCUGCUACAGCUUCUGUGACAUAUGAUCAAAAAGCUAUUAUAAUCAAUGGACAAAGAAGAAUCCUUAUUUCUGGUUCUAUUCAUUACCCAAGAAGCACUCCUGAGAUGUGGCCAAGCCUUAUUCAGAAAGCUAGAGAAGGAGGCUUGGAUAUGAUAGAAACCUAUGUCUUCUGGAAUGGACAUGAGCCUUCUCAAGGACAAUACUAUUUCGAGGAUCGAUAUGAUAUAGUGAAGUUCGUCAAGCUAGUACAGCAAGCUGGCCUCUAUGUUCAUCUGCGGAUCGGACCUUUUGUUUGUGCAGAAUGGAACUUUGGGGGAUUUCCCAUGUGGUUAAAAUACAUUCCAGGCAUUGAAUUUAGAACAGACAAUGGCCCUUUUAAGGCUCAAAUGCAAAAAUUCACAACUAAGAUUGUGGAUAUGAUGAAGGCAGAAAGGUUAUUUGAACCUCAGGGAGGUCCAAUCAUUCUAUCUCAGAUUGAGAAUGAAUAUGGGCCAGUGGAAUGGGAAAUUGGUGCACCGGGUAAAGCUUAUACAAAAUGGGCAGCUGCGAUGGCAGUGGGCCUAAACACAGGAGUCCCAUGGAUCAUGUGCAAACAACAAGAUGCCCCUGAUCCAGUUAUUGAUACCUGCAAUGGAUUCUACUGUGAAGGCUUCCAACCAAAUAACAAUAAUAAACCAAAAAUGUGGACAGAAAAUUGGACUGGUUGGUACACAGAAUACGGUGGUGCAGUUCCUUACAGGCCACCAGAAGAUACAGCAUUUUCAGUUGCAAGGUUUAUAGCCAAUAGCGGUUCAUUUGUAAAUUAUUAUAUGUAUCAUGGAGGAACAAAUUUUGGCCGAACUUCUGGCCUUUUCAUGGCUACUAGCUAUGAUUAUGAUGCCCCUAUUGAUGAAUAUGGAUUACCACAUGAUCCAAAGUGGGGACACUUGAGAGAUCUGCAUAAAGCCAUCAAGCAAUGUGAACCUGCUUUAGUUUCUGUAGAUCCGACAGUAAUAUCUCUUGGGAAAAAUCAAGAGGCUCAUGUAUACCAAGCAAAAUCAGCCUGUGCAGCCUUUUUAGCAAACUAUGACGCACAAUACUCUGUGAAAGUGGUGUUCAGUAAUAAAGAAUAUUGGCUUCCACCUUGGUCGAUCAGCAUCCUCCCUGACUGCAAAACUGUAGUUUACAACACUGCAAGGAUUGGUGCUCAGAGCACACAGAUGUGGAUGAUGCCUGCAGUGACUGGAUUUUCUUGGCAGUCAUACAAUGAUGAAGUUUCUGUUGGUUACACUGCGGGUACAUUUAUACAUGAUGGAUUGUGGGAGCAAAAGUUCAUCACUUGGGACAAAACAGAUUAUUUAUGGUACAUGACAAACGUAAACAUAGAUCCAAAUGAAGGGUUUUUGAAGAAUGGAAAGAGUCCUUUUCUUACGGUUAAUUCAGCUGGCCAUGUUUUGCAUGUUUUCAUCAAUGGUCAAUUAGCAGGCACUGUAUAUGGGUCAUUGGAUAAUCCUAAGGUAAAAUUCAGCCAAAAUGUGAAUUUGAAAGCUGGUACAAAUACCAUCUCCCUGUUAAGUGCUAUUGUAGGUCUUCCGAAUGUUGGUGUGCAUUAUGAUACAUGGAAUGCUGGGGUUAUGGGUCCAAUCACAUUAUCAGGUUUAAAUCAAGGAACAUUAGACAUGUCCAAGUGGAAAUGGUCUUACAAGAUUGGUCUAAAAGGAGAAGACUUAAAUCUAGGAACUUUUGCUGGGAGUUCAUCAGUUAGCUGGGCUAAAGGACCACAACUGUCUAAAAAACAACCACUGACAUGGUACAAGACAACGUUUGAUGCACCACCAGGCGAUGACCCAUUAGCAUUAGAUAUGUACACCAUGGGAAAAGGUCAAAUAUGGAUAAAUGGUCGAAGCAUUGGACGUCACUGGCCUGGAUACACAGCUCGUGGGAAUUGUCGAGAUUGUGAUUAUGCAGGAACCUAUGAUGAUAAGAAAUGUCGAAGCAAAUGCGGACAACCCUCUCAACAAUGGUACCAUGUUCCUCGCUCAUGGUUGUCCCCCAAGGGGAAUCUAUUGGUUGUGUUCGAAGAAAUUGGUGGCGAUCCUAGUGGAAUUUCUUUGCUCAAACGAAUCGUAGGAAGUGUUUGUGCUGAUAUAUAUGAUGAUCAGCCAGCAGUGCUGAAUUCGCAGGGGCUUGUCCCAGUCAAACCCAAAGCUCAUUUGUGGUGUCCUCCUGGGCAAACCAUCUCUCAGAUUAAGUUUGCUAGCUAUGGAUGGCCUCAAGGAAGAUGUGGAUUCUUCCAACAGGGGAAAUGUCAUGCCCAGAAGUCUUGGGAUCCUUUCCAAAGGAACUGUCUUGGAAAGCAAUCAUGUGAAGUAGCUGUGGAUCCUGCAAACUUUGGAGGGGACCCAUGUCCAGGUAGCCCAAAGAAGCUUUCAGUUGAGGUUCGCUGCAGUUGAAGCCUUGAAAAUCCACAGCAGCUAAUCAAACAAAUGAAAUUCUGGUUCUCUUCACCUUGAAUACAUUAACCAUUUGUUGCUGUCUAUAUAAGAUUUCCAAACCUUCAGGCCUCUCAGAUUUCCAAGGUGAAAGCAGAAAAGACAACAUAGGCAAUAGGGCUAAACGCAUACGUAAAUUGUAAAAAUGUUGCAAUCACACUUACUAAAGCGUACUAUUUGUAACAAUAAUUAAGAAAUGCAGUAAAACAAAUAAGAAUUAUUCUUUGUGCCAA